GACGUGACGUGACUUCAUGUCCGCGCUGCGCCGAGUCCAUCCCUCGGACCCCCAGCCAGCAUCUAGCAGCAGACCAUGAACAAUAUCACCACCACCACCAGCACCACCACCUCCACCGCGCCGCGGCUCAUCUUCCAGCCGCCGACGAUCCCGGCCGUCAUGUUCAUUUUCGGGGUGGUGGGCAACGUGACGGCCAUCGUGGUGCUGCGCAUCUCCCGCAAGGAGCAGAAGGAGACCACCUUCUACACGCUGGUGUGCGGCCUGGCCGUCACCGACCUGCUGGGCACGCUGCUGGCCAGCCCCGUCACCAUCGCCACCUACGUGCGGGGCUCCUGGCCCGCCAGCGACACGCUGCUGUGCCAGUACUCGGGCUUCAUCCUGCUCUUCUUCUUCCUGGUGCAGCUCAGCACGCUGUGCGCCAUGUCGGUGGAGAGGUACCUGGCCAUCAACCACGCCUACGUCUACAACAAGUACGUCAACCGGCGGCUGCCCGCCCUCGCCCUGCUCGCCAUCUACGUCAGCGGCGCCGGCCUGUGCGCGCUGCCCGCCCUGGGCUUCGGCCGGGUGACGCUGCAGCGGCCGGGCACCUGGUGCUUCAUCGACUGGCAUGACAACCGCACGUCGGCGGCGGCGGCCUUCAACCUCAUGUACGCCGGCGUCAACUCCGCCAUCGUGCUGGCCACGCUGGCCUGCAACGUGCUGGUGUGCGGGGCCCUCAUCCUCAUGCACCGGCGCUUCGUGCGCCGCACCUCCCUGGGCAAGGGCCGGCUGCGGGUCUCCGAGGUGCCGCUGCGGCGCCGGCGCAGCCUCAGACGCAUGGCCGGCGCAGAGAUCCAGAUGGUCAUCUUGCUCAUCGCCACCUCCGCGGUGGUCCUCAUCUGCUCCAUCCCCUUAGUGGUGAGUGGCGCGAACUUCCGGCCGGGUGUGGCGCACUCGCCGGCCGCUUCAUUAGGAACACCGGAAUACGCUUUAUUGGCCAAAUAUCUUUAA